AAGGGAAGGGGGAGCCGGGGCCGCCCCGGGGCCGCGCCUUCCGGGCCGGCGGGAGGCGGUGCCGCUCACCUGGGGCCGGCAGCGAGCGAGGCACCGAGCGAGGCACGGAGCCGCGGCCCCGCCGGGCGGCAGGGAGGGAGGGAGGGAGGGUGUUCGCCGUCCGCCGAGCCUCCCUCCCCGCCCCCGUCUCGCCCGCCCCGCCGGGCCCCUCUCGUCGGCGGGCGGCGGCGGAGGUGCUGCUGCCGGGGCGCUGCCGCCACCGCCACCACCGCUGAGCCGAGCCCAGCCGACCCCGCCGGGAACAUGGCGACCGGCGGCUACCGGGGCGCCGGGGGCAGCACCACGGACUUUCUGGAGGAGUGGAAAGCCAAGCGCGAGAAGAUGCGGGCCAAGCAGGCGCCGCCGCCACCGGGGGCGGCCGCCGUGAGCGAGCCCAGACCCACGGGGGUCGCCGCCGCCCCGGCAGAGCCCGGCGGAGGCGGCGGCAGCUGCCUGCCCCCCGCCGCCCCGCCGGACCGCCCGGCGCCCCCCGCCGGCGGGGCCCUCAACUGCCUGAGCCUCGGCCGGGCCCCCCCCGCCAAGGAGCCGCCGCCGCCGCCGCCUCAGGGCCUCGCCGGGGGCCGGGGCGCUGAGCCCGCCGCCGCCUCCAGCCCCGUGCCGGGCUCCCCCGAGGGCGAGGAGAAGCCGGCGGGCAAGGGCAAGGGCUCGGGCUCGGGGCCCAGCGCCAGGAAGGGGAAGGGGCAGAUCGAGAAGAGGAAGCUGCGGGAGAAGCGCAGGUCGACAGGUGUGGUGAACAUCCCGGCCGCCGAGAGCCUUGAUGAAUAUGAAGAUGAUGAAGCAGGACAGAAAGAGAGAAAGAAGGAGGAUGCUAUUACUCAGCAGAACACGAUACAAAAUGAGAGUUCCAGUGCAGAUACCACUGGCUCAUACUUACUACAGGACUCCUCCAGGAUGGUUUCAAGCAGAUAUAAAAGCACAGCUAAUGCUCCGGAAGACGAUGCUCUCAAUAGAUAUUCCCGAACAGAGAGGACAACUUAUAGCAGAUACAGCAGGGAUACAAACUCUUCUGGGAGCUCCGUACCAAGUACUGCUUUGGAAAAGAGAAUUGAGGAACUUGAAAGGGAACUUGCAAAGGAGAGACAGGAAAAUCUGAGAUUAAUGAAGAUGACACAGGACAAAGAGGAAAUAAUUGGGAAACUGAAGGAAGAAAUUGAUUUAUUAAACAGAGACCUAGAUGAUAUAGAAGAUGAAAAUGAACAAUUGAAGCAAGAAAAUAAAACCCUCUUAAAAGUUGUUGGACAGCUGACAAGGUAGAAGAUUCAAGCCUCAAUGAGGAAAGAUUUAAAAACUACUGAUUGAACAUUAAGGUCAAUAUAGUAAUACUUCCUGUGUUGCAUUAUGUUAUAAUAACUGUCUUUAUAUUUAUUGUUAGGAAACCAGAUGAAUGUUUAUUUUCAUAGUACUUCCUUCUUCAUUCAAUGAAAUGGCAUCAAAAUUGGGGUGUAUUUUCAUUUUCAUUUCUCAUAAGAAAAAGUUUUGACAUAUUUCAAAAUACUAAAUUCAAAAAAAUAAGGUUUUGUACUUUCAGAUUACAUCUGCAUAUAUUACAAUAAUUUAAAAUUCAGAGCACCAAGAUCACUUUCAGUCCAUGUGGAUGUAUAUUUUUGAAAUGAAUGGAAGCAAUACAUACAUAUGAGCUUUGUUUACACAGAUCCAAAAUAUAUAUUUUGUGAAAUAUUUACUUUUUUGUUUCAACUUCUGUAAAGUGGAUGCCUUUUAACUGUUGUAUAACAUUUUGCAGAUUGAUUUCUUGCUCUAAAAACUCCUGUAUGUUGACUUUUGUUGUUUAUUUUUUUUUUUUUUACUUUAUCUCAAAGACUGACAGAGUAGAGUAGCAGCAUUUUUUUUUUGUAUAGCAGUAUUGUGGCAGGAGGGGGAGGUUUUAUUAAAAAAAAAUAAAUCACCUGUGGUAUCAGCAUUAAUGAAUUCUUAGAAUCACAUUGAAGUUGUGCACUGCAGUUUAUUUUAAAGCUUUUGCUUUAGCAAUGAAAUGCAAUUUUACUAUCAAACAGUUUUGUUUGCUGUGUUGAGAAUACAGAGCCUGGAGCUUUCAUUUUUGCAAAUACAUUUUUGCAAUACACUUUUAUUUAAAGGUGUUGUCUUAAGAUGAUCAUAACCAAUGUGAGUUUUUUGAUGUUUCAUUUUUUAAGCUGGGUCAAAAAUUUUGUAUAUAGCAAAGUAGAGAGGAAGAAAAGAGAUUCAUGAAUUUUUGAAACAUCAAAUGCUAAAAAAAACACUUUUAUCCUUGAUUUUAAACUAACAAAGUGUUUAGGAAGUGCCUGCUUAGAUGUUACAGUCCACUUACGAGUGCAUACUGAUACUUCUAUAACGUGACAGUAGACAAAAUUCUCAUUUUACAUAAACCACAGCCUUAAUUGACAAUUCCAUUCCUAAAAUUCUUAUUAGGCAGAAAUUCAAUGUACUUUAUUUCAUAUUAAUACAACAUAUAUUUCAUUCAUUUCAAUCAAAAAAAGAUGUAUAGGUCACUUGAGUGAAGAGACUUGAAAACAUGUCCAGGCUUUUUUUUUUUUUGAUGAUUUUGAAAUUCAUUGUCAGAACAUUGUAUACAUAUAAUUUGUGUUACCUUAAAACUUAAAGGCAACUUCAAUAUGUAGUAGCAAUCAUCUUUUCAGAUUUGCCAAUUGUUUCCAUAACACGUAUUUAAUGACUGUAAGAGAUUCUUAAACUUCAAAUUCAGGAAUUAUUGUUAUACCUUGGAUUAUUAUAAAUAUAGGAUAUGUUAUUUUACAUAUGUGUAUUCUAAUGAGGAUUUUUUCAGAGCUUUAAAGUAUUUUUCAAGAAGUAUUUUUCAAGAUAUGCCAAGAUGCCUUGGAGUUUUCCUUUGUAAUGGAAAAGAUAUCCCAUAGGACACUGUUUAAAACCUUAUCUUAGGGUUUUAAGUGGUAUGUGGGGUUUGUAUUGGCCCUCUAAACUAUGGUAUUCACCAGUGAAUAUUUGUCUUAACAUUAGUCAAACAGUAAGAAGUCCCUUCAUUUAUCACUUCCAUAAAGUUAAAAAUUGAAAGUCAUAAAAAAAAAAGAAUAAUUUGAGAUGUACGCCUUCUGAAUAAAUACAAAAGUUUAUGUGGAACAACAUCUGAUUUCCUUCUGUGUAUGCUGUGUAGGAAAUAUACAUACAGACUUAAGCAUGGGAUGUGAAACAUACUGAAACAUCUUUAAGGACUUAAUGCAGAAACACGAAUACUAAUACAAAGUUGUAAAUGAGGUAUUUCACAGUCUGUACUUCAUAUACAUUUUAAACCAAAGAACAAUGACAGCAAAGUAUAUAAACAAGAAUUGCUUGUCAUCGUAUUUACCUCUUCUUGGUUUGCAUGUGUAUUGAGUAAAGUUUAGCAGCAGAAGCCCCAAAAUUAGAAUUUCAUUUUUUUAACAUGGAUACCCAGUUGAUGGGAAUAUUUGGCAGAAGCGCUUAUUAUAUCUUACCUUGAGGAGGUACUGGCAAAAGGAAGUUUCCAAAUAUUUGAAAGCUGUAAUCCUUCAGGCAGAAAGUGUGAAGAGCGGAACUGUUGGGAACUCACACAAGAAGUACCUAGACAUUAUUGUUUGUUUUGUAUACAGAUGUUCUGUAUAGAAAUACAAAAUGUUUCAUAGUCCUAAAAAUACCUACAAAUUGUAUCUUUAAGCAUCACAUUUUUUCUGACAUUUUUGAAGAUUUAGAUGUUUUUUUGUAAAGAAAUAUUUCAAUAAUAAUUCAUUACUGCUUAUGUUAUCAGUUUCUCGGGAGAAGUUUACUGGACUCUAGGAAUAAUGGUGUAUGACAUAAAAUGUUAAUAAUCAUCUAGUCUUGCCAUUAAAAUUUGAUUUCAAUGGGAUGUCCUUAUAAUCAAGCUCAACUAUGGAAUAAGUUUUUAUUCUAGUUGAUGUGGUGUUAAAUUAUCUACCUAGCCAGCAAUUUACUAACUUGAGCCAAUGUGCUCUCCCAUCCAACACCUCAGUUGUUUUCAAUUGUCCGUUUUGAAAUCAAAUAAAUACACUGCUGCAAAUGGAAACCCACCUCACUUGGUAAAGCUGUAUGCUUCGUGUAUGAUUCCUGGAUGAAUCUGUAUAGUAACAUACCUAGGCUAAAUUAGAGCUUUUUUUGAAAGAGGGCAUUAUUAUGCAAUAUUAGUUGACUCAUGAAGAUUUCUGAACUUUCCUAUCUUUAAAUUUGUACCCAACUGCCUAGAUCUAGCAUCUGUGUUUCUGUGUAACUUGAGUCAUCUAAGGAUAUCUAAACAGAGAAGUACCCCAGUUGACUAAAAGAAACAAGAGAAAACACUUAGUUAAUGAACAGCACAUAAUACUCGCUUUAAGACUGCAAAAUGAUGCUCCUGUUGUGGUUCCAUAUCGUAUAGAAAAGAGGUGCAUCCAGAGCUGAAGGUUAAAAUUGUGCAGAAAUAUUUCUAUUGUUGAUUACAUGCACUAAUGUUUGUGGGAUUUAUUCUCUAAAUUAGAAGAUUUGCCAUAUAUAAAUGUUGCUGAUUUUUACAAGGAAAUUCAAAACUAAGUAUUUUUCAUUUCAAAAUAAUUAAGUGGCCAUGUGUAAAUGCAUUGUUACUAUACAUAUAUAUUAACCAAAAGCCUGUAUUUGCAAAGGAGUGUUUUCUUCUAUCUUUAAAGAAAAACAUUUCUUCAUUAAUUAGCAGACUUUUUAAAUAAUAUAAAUUACCAUUUAUUUUGACACAUUUAGAUAUUAAUUAUUUUUCUGCUAUUUCUCUUGUCUCUGAAUUUCAGAGGUAGAGUGAGGAAAGAGAGUAAAAAGAAGUAAAUGAAUUAAUUCCAAACUAGGAAGUAUAACCUAAUGAUUUUUGUUCAGUUGUACUGAGAGUUAGCUGUGAAAGACUUGCAAUUGACACAAGCAUUACAAGAGAUACAGGGGUUUCUAUAUAUGGGAAGCAACGGAUUAAUCUGCAUCAAAACUUUUUAAAAUUUACCUGGUAUUAUUACAACUUGGAAACUUUCUACCAUAGGACCAGAAGGAAUACUGGAGAUCAAAUUACUUUUUAACUCUUUCCUAGGAAGGCAGAGGAACAUUGAUUCCAGCUAUUCCAUAGUUUUCUGCACUUGUUUUCUAUUUCCAGCUUGAAUUGAAACAAAUCAGUGUUAGUAGCCAACAGGAAAGGUAAUUAUUGGGAAACAAACACACUAAAGGUACUAUCAAUCUAUGGCUUGUCAGUAUUUAUUAAGUUCAAACCCUUUUUGAAGAUGUCAGUUGAAUUCGGUCCAUUUUCAUCAGUAUUAAUGACCAUAAACAUCUGACACUUUUAGCAACACACAACCAUUUUCAUUGGAGAAACUUCCAUUGCAAGCGGUAACUUAAAUAUGUACAAUAAAAUAAAUUUGUGCUGGAACCUGUAUCUGCUGAGACUGAGGAGCAAAGGAUUAUAUUUAAAAGUUCUGUUAAAAAAAAUGAAUCUGGAUCUUGUCACUUAAUUUGAUAUGGAUGAUCUCUACUAAAAGUUCAUUUCAGAAAGUCAUUCCAGUGUCAAUACCUGUGUAAGGAACAUUUCUACUCCUGUUAUUAAGCAUUUCUUUAGGACUACUUAAAUAUGUCCAGGACAUAGAUAUGUGUUUUAUGUACCAUUCAUGGUAUUACAGGUCUGGUGACUUACUAUAGUAAAUCUCCAUUCCUGCUUGUACUGCGGCAGAUGUACAUUACAUUUUUAAUUUUAUCCUUUUGUUUUUGUUUCCAGAUUUCUGGUGUAACUGUUCUUGUUCAAGGUUACAGCUAGUUGUGGUUUUUCUGUUUUGCAAAAGUUGUGAUAGUUGAGUUUACCUCUGAAAAUAAUCUCAUGAGGAGUCAUUUUUUUAAAUAUCAGUUUUAUGCAUUAAAAAAUAUGAAGCAUCAUUAAACUACAAAUAACUAAAUACCCAUUUUAGUUUUGAACGCUGCCUAGUUGUAGUAUUAUCUGUGGUAUCAGAUUAAAUUUGAUGUUGAGAUUCACUAUUGCAGGUAAAAGAAACACGUUUAAUCUAACGAUAAAGACUGUGUGCCUUUGUCCAAAUAAAACAAAAUUCUUUUUAA